AUGCUUCCAAUCAUUCUCCUCACCUCUCUCCUCGCCACGGCCGUUGCGGCUGAUGAUCACCCGGCUGGCCACGCCGAUGGAGCCAAGUUGGCUCAGACAACCUCCUCCCUGUGGACGACCAUAUACUUGACCGACGGCGUCACGGCGACCAUGGUUUUGCCCAUUCCUGCCUCCACUGCUGCUGCAACCUCAUCAGUCUCCUCCGCGCCGCCGGCCCCGCCACCGCCGCCCCCGCCAGCGGUCACUCCUCCCAUCUUGAGCCCUCCGCCACUGGCCAGUCCUACCUUGGCCAAGCCGACCAUCGUCACCGCCGUGCCACCUACGGUCGUCACUGCGGCGGCUGGACAGGUGCUCUGCGACGGGUCGCUUAUGGGCAUGGCUGUUGCCUGUGGGUUGGGCCUGCUGGCUUUGUAA